UUAAACCUUUUGCCUUUUCUUAAAAAAAUAAACAACAAAACAUAAAAUGUCUUUUUGACGUGUGUAAAAUACCAAAACACGCACGUGUGAUAAAAUGCGUAUAGAAACUUGUUAUUUCUGUUCCUCCAGGAUAUAUCCUGGCCACGGAAUCCAAUUUGUGAGGAAUGACUGUAAAAUUUUCAGGUUCUGUCGUUCAAAAUGUCACGCAGCAUUCAAAAAGAAGAAGAAUCCACGUAAAACCAAAUGGACUAAAGCUUACCGCAAAACAGCUGGCAAAGAGUUGGCCAUCGAUCCAUCGUUCGAAUUUGAAAAACGUCGCCACAUACCAGUGAAAUAUAAUAGAGAAUUAUGGACGAAGACCAUAGAAGCUAUGAAGAAGGUGGAAGAAAUCAGACAGAGAAGAUCCAACAACUACAUAAUGCAAAGGCUGAGGAAAGGCCGUGAAGUUGAGUGGCAAAGAGAUGUUAGAGAAGUACAAAGGGAUAUUUCACUUAUCAAGUCACCUGCAGCUGGUCUUAAACAACGUCAAGCUGCUGAAGAAACAGAAAUGGAAGUGGAACCUGAAACUAUUGAGGUUGUGGAUGCUAAAGGUCGCAAGCAAGUCAUUGAGGCUCCAGUUAUGGUACCAGCCACAGGGGAGAUGAUUGAAGAUGGUGGAGUUAUUGAUUUAUAAUUUUUUAGCAAGUUCAAUAUUCUUAACAAAAGAGUGGAUGAAAUUGAUUAGUUUCAUAUCUCAUUUUUACA